ACCGGAGAACCAAGGAGUAUCAUUCAGGAUUCACUCGUCCAGAUAGAUUCUUCCAACAAGUAACAAAAUGAAAUCAAUCAUCUUGGCUCUCGCUCUUAUUGGUGCUGCUUCAGCUGGCUAUCUCGCACCAGCUGCAUACAGUUCCCCACUUUUAGGAGGUUAUGCUGCUCCAGCACUAGCUUCCGCCGCUCCACUUGCCUAUUCAGCCCCAAUCAUCAAAUCAGCCGCUUAUGCCGCCCCAGCUCUUGCUGCUGCUCCAGCUUAUGCCGCUCCAGCUUAUGCCGCCGCCGCUCCAUUAGCCUACUCAGGUUCCAUUGGUGCUCCUUUGGGAUAUUCUUCUUACGGAAGUUACGGAUACGCUGGUUACCCUUACGGUCUCUACAAAAAGAAGGCUUCUGCCUAAGGAUCUGAUAUUUAUGGAGUCGCAAUAAAUAAUAAAAUUGA